ACCAGUCGUCUCACAUGCGUGCGUUAGCGAACGUCAUCAUAGUGGUGAAGCUGUGUGUUGUAACACCUAGUAAACUCAUUAAAGUGUUGUUUUUCUUAUGACCUAAAGUGGAUUAGUCAGGGAUAAUAAUAACGAUGAUGAUUAUUAGGAUAAAGACAAUAAAUAUUUAUGUUAUUUAUUGAAGAAUGCUAUUUUGAACAUUCAAAUAGUGUUUUUAAUCUAGUGAAUUCUGUGUUAAUUAUCUAGUGUUGCAUAUCAUUUAAUCCGAUAAUUUAAUUUAUAUAUAUUUUAAAUUAUUAUAUGUUUUAUAUAUAUAUAUAUUUAAUGGACGCUAUGAAAAGUGUGUUAUAUGUGAAUAUAAUAUAACUUGACAAAUAAAAAAAAAAUGUUUAAUCUGAUAUUUAAGUUGGGAUAUCACAUUCUCACUAGUGGCUGAACUAAUAAUAGAGUGCUGGUUCGCUUGAGAAAAAUAUAUUUAGGAAGUAGAGAGACGAGAAUAUGAGUCUAUAAAUACCGUAUAUUCACAUCUCAGACUGUGUGUUCAUAUAUAUACUUAUUGUACAACCUGUAAAAUAUAUAAACGUGUAACAAAAAAAAAACAAGGUAUAAAUCCUCGUUAUCAUCCAGGAACAUAAAAUCCGUUUUGCCAUUAAUCAGAUAUUGGGUAGCAUGUGAUCAAGUAAUUCAAGACAAUUAAAGCGUGUAUGAGUUUUAAAAAAAUCCAUGUAUUUUUAAUGAAAAAGAGGCCAACGGAUUAGAGAAUAAUUGUAGUUGACCUCGCGGUAGCUUGGUAAUUCGAGAAAUAUCCCUGGUGUUAGAGUGGUGUAGAGAGUGUACACAGAGUAGGCAGAGGCAGCAGCAGUAGCAGCAGCACCAGUGGCUCGACUAAAAAUAUCUUGCUUCAAGAAGUCCGUGUAUACUUUACUCUAUAAAUUAAAUCUACUUGUAUUUAGUUUUUCAUUUCUAUCUGUCGAAUGUCGUUCAAGUGAUCAAAACUACACACUUUCAUUAUCAUUAUUAUUUUUUUUGUUAAUUAUGCAAAUACUUGUCGGAAGAUAUGAUGAUAAAACAAUUUUACUUUCCUACUGAUGGAAAAUAAAGAUUUUGGGUAGUAAAUUGUGAGCGCAUAGACAUAAGAAACACAAGUAGGCAUAGUAAGUUGGGUUUUUGAGUAAUAAAUUGAUAAAGGGGAAUAAGCAUAAUUUAAGUAGAUAAAGUAACAACUCAAGUGUUGGUGAGACAGUGUGUGGAGAACGUGUCAAGUUCACAGUGGAGGGUGGAGGUAACGGUGUACCUGGGGGCGUUGUUGGCCCCAAUGAGGUGAUGAUGGGCUACGGUGGUGCCGUGGGGACCAGUGGCGCUAUGGGACCGUCUUCAGGAGCUGAUGUACUCGGUUCAACUGGUGAUUAUAGUCCCCAGGGUACCCCAAACUCACUGGGUGGUCACGCCACGGGGUCCGUCGAUGCUGCUGGCACUUACAAUAUUACUGGUAGUGCCGGAGCCCUUACCACUUACAGCCCUCAAGACAGUCCUGCCAGCUCUGCUGGAGCUAGUGCCAAUACUAAUGAAAAGCUGCCCACUUUUGGGUUUACUCAGGAGCAAGUUGCUUGUGUUUGUGAGGCGAUGGUGUCAUCUGUCCAGGUACUCCAGCAAGCUGGUUCCAUCGAACGUCUUGGCAGGUUUCUCUGGUCGUUACCACAAUGUGCACGUCUUCAACGGCAUGAAAGUGUGCUCAAGGCAAAGGCAAUUGUUGCCUUUCAUCGAUGUAAUUUCAAGCAGCUUUACCAAAUUCUUGAAAGCAACUCAUUUAGUCCACACAAUCAUCCAAAACUACAGGCCUUGUGGCUCAAAGCUCACUAUAUUGAAGCUGAAAGACUUCGUGGCAGAGCACUUGGAGCUGUUGGUAAAUAUCGAGUGAGACGAAAGUUUCCGUUACCAAGGACGAUUUGGGAUGGCGAAGAAACGUCUUAUUGUUUCAAAGAAAAGUCAAGAAGUGUUUUGAGAGAAUGGUAUGCUUCAAAUCCAUAUCCGUCACCGAGAGAGAAACGUGAACUGGCAGAAAGUACUGGCUUAACUACUACACAAGUAAGCAACUGGUUCAAAAAUAGAAGACAACGUGAUAGAGCUGCUGAACAAAGUGGCCAGCGAGAAGAUAAAGGCCAUGGUGGAGGUUUAGUUGACUCUAGUAGCGAAAGUGGAGAUGAUACAAAACGUCAAUCCAUAAACUCGACGCAACAACCACAGCAACCGUCCCCAUGUGUAGUACAACAGCAACAGCAGCAGCAACAACCGCGAAUGGUUGAUCAUCAACAAUCAUCAAACAUGUACCAGCUUCCCGCGCCUGUUUCUGUUCCUAGUCCACUCUCUUAUCAUCCAAAUCACGGGAGCACGAGUUUGAGUCACUCUCAUACGCCCACUCAUCAUAUGCAGCACGAUACUAGCAGUGAUAGUGGCGAUGAUAAAAGGAAUAUUCAUCAUCAGCUUCAACAUCAUUUACAACCUGGCCACAAUACCAGUCACAGUUUAGUCCAUCCUACUGCUACUUUACCACCACCUCCGCCAAGUUGCGCUCAACAAAAAAGCCAAUUGGAUUAUAUGCAAUAUUACAGUCCACAGGAUUAUCUGAUAGGGACACCAACAUCAGCUGACAUUCAAAAAUCAUUGCCUCAUACGGCAACAUCGAUGCAAAUGGGAGCAAUAGCGCCAUCGAUGGGCAGUUUGAGUCCCAUGGGACCAUCGACAAUGUUACCAAAUUCAAUGCAAAGCGUUAACGGUAUGAAUGCGAUGUCAAUGAAUAUGGGCAUGGGAGCUUAUCAAGGCAUGAGUUCAAUGGGUAUGGCAUCCUCUCAUGCUGGUUAUCACAGUGGUCUUGUAUUGGGUGAUUACCACUCAUUGUGACCCUGGGUUCCAGGCAAUCAAGGCAAGCACAAUCAAGAAAAGACUUAGGUCAUUUAUAAAUAAUUGGCUUUUUUUUUUAAAUGUGUACUACUAUAAGCAUUUGCGUUUUUAAAUUAUCGCGGCAUUUAGUUUAGUAGAACAAAUAUACCAAAAAGUUAAAAAAAAAAAUAAAUAAAAGAAAAUAAAAUAAAAAUCAGAUUUAAUUAUAACUUUCUUACGUUAUUAAACGGGCGAUCAAAUCGUUCAAUUUUUAGAUGGUAAUUAUUUAAAAUUUCAAAAACAAAAAAGUUAUAAAUAGAUGAACAGUUAUAGAAAAAGACAAAAUAGCAUUUCCGUUUUGGAUUAUUAUUAUUAUUAUUAUUAUUAUACCGAAUACAAGCUUAUUACAAGUACAUUCAAUAUGUAUAUAUAUGAUUGUAUACUUGUUUACACAACUAACGCACUAUAUUCCUCAAAAUAAUUAGUACAUACUAACGUCCAUUUUAAAUAAUACUGUACCGAGUUCAAAUCAUUCAUUUAUUUUACUCUGAUGUAUAAAUUUUUGAAUUAAAAAAACAAAAAAAAAUAAGUAUGAUAAGAAUAUAUAAUUUAUAUUAAAAUAAUUUCACAUUCUCUGUCAAGACAUUGUCUAAAUUUUUGAGCUUUUGAGUUUUUCUGUAUAUAUGUAGAUAUUAGGUUUUAUGGUCUCUGGAUUAGACGCAUCAAUUUAUUAUUAUUAUUAUGAUUAUUAAUAUUAUAAUUUUUUUUUCGUUCUACUUAGAUCUCCCAGUAAUUAGUGGAUAAGUAGUUAAUAAAAAAAUAAAUUUAUGUAGUAAGUAAUACUCUAUGAAAAAUUAUCUAAAGUGUAAAUAAUCAAACAUUCGAUUAAAUUCGUUUAAUAGAGAAGUUCGGAGCUAGAUAAAAUAAUUAUAGAUGUAAAUGAAUAUUUAUUAGAAACAAAAAAAAAAUUUUUUUCAAAUUUAAAUUAAGAAAUUUCUCUACUGUAAGAUUGAAUGUGAUACUUUUGAACCGAUUUAUUUAUUUAAUUUUGAACGGUACAUAAUUUUAAUAUCUUCAGAUAUAUUUAUGUAAGUUUUAAUAGGAAAUUUUAUUUUUUUUUUGACUAGUUAGUUUUGCAAAAUCCUAGUAAAUCUUUUAAUAUUUUGUUUAAUUAUAAAUUUAAUUUUGAUCGUGUCCCGGACUUUUCUAUACGAGUUAGCGAAUUAGAAGAUUACAAACAGGAUAAUGGUCCAUGGGACAAAACAGGGUAGAAAG